CCACCACGCCUAGUGUUGGGCAGGCCCCGUAGCAAAAGAACCAGUUGGUCAGGUUUGCUUCUCCACAGCCUGCAGAUGCAGCAUGGUCCGUGGUCGCAGCGGAGAUCUCGCGCGGCGUGAUUGGGCAAAGCGGCCCAGCCCUUUGUCUCUGUUGGCGGUCCUCCUCCAUCCAGGAAGGAAUAGGGCCUUUUGUUCGGACUGAAUAGGCUGGGCAGCCGAAUGUCAUGGUGGCUCUCCGCAGUUACUUUUCCCUUUUCGCUGUCCGGGUCCCCUGACGCACUCUCUUUCUUUCUCCCUUCUUUGUCAUCUCGCUUUUUGAGUUUGUUCUGGAGACUGCGUUUGCAUUGGUCGACGAUCUGCCUGUCGGAUCUUGCGCGCUCUAGUCGAUCUCUUGCAUUCGCAGCAGCCAGCGCCUUGCCGACCUCGGGGGGUUGCUUACCCCAAAACACAGACACCAUGGAUCUCGUUCGCCGCAACUACCAGGGGACCUAUGCCCAGGAUCUCGAUUUUGGGCCCGAAUAUGGCGACUUCUUUGAUUUUUCGCUCUGGUUUGAGAGCGUUAUCAUGACAAUUUGCCCUAUUGUCGUCUUUCUCGCCAUUGCUCCUUUCCACAUCUUGCAUUACAGAAAGCGCCCAGUGACGGCAAAGAUUGCCAUUCACUUCUGGCUCUUGACGGCUUCUGCUGUGGCCCUCACUUGCUUGGAAGUCGCAAAGGCUGUUGUUUGGAGCUUGGCUCCGAGGGGCGCGAGCCCAGCCUACCAAGCGUCGACAGCCUUGUCCGCCAUUGCUGCCUUUACUCUACUCCUUAUGAUCAUGCUAGAGUACCGCCAUUCGCUACACUCAUCGGUUCUUAGUAGCGGCAUGUUUACCGUCUUCUUUUUCGUCGACAUUCUCAAGACGCGGUCGUUUUUCCUCCGCGAUGGCCUGGCCACUGUUGGUGGUUUGUCCGUCGCCGUGACAGUCUUGAAAGCGCUCAUUGUUAUACUGCAGGAAUUCCCCAAGCCACGUUCCGAAGAGGUUGUUGACAAUUCGCAUUCUCCAGAGGCUAUUAGUGGCUUCUGGAACCAAGCUCUGUGCUUUUGGCUCAACAAGACGAUGCUUGCUGGUGGGCGCGCCACAAUGACAAUGAAAAACCUCGAGUCGUUGGGCCCAGACUUUUCUUCUGAGCGACUGAGUGUCGAAUUUGGCGAGAUUUGGCAACGUCAAAAUAAAAAGUCAUCAUGGGCUCUUGCUAGUGCUACUACUGUCGCUCUCCGCUGGGUCUUUCUUGCUGGUCUCCUCACCCGAAUGAUCAACAUUGCGUGUACGUGGGCGAUUGCCUUUACCCUACGCGCCACGGUCCAAUCCCUGGGCGAAGAGGUGCCAGUUUGGACUCCAAAAGCGCUGGUUCUUGCCAACGUUACGCUCUAUGUCCUAAGGAGCAUUGUGGUUUCUCUAAAUAGCUACUACAUAAAUAAGUUGCUUACUCUCGCCCGCGGUAUUCUCACAACCCAGAUCAUCAAGAAGAACUUUUGCUUGGAUCUCGCCAAGGCCAAGGAGUCUACAGCAAUCACUUUAAUGAGCACCGACGUCGAACAAAUUUGUGACUUGAUUGUCCAGCUUUACGACUACAUCACGGCCUUUCCUGAGAUGGGCUUUGGCCUGUACUUCAUCGACCGUAUCAUUGGAACUGCUUUCGUUCUGCCAGUCAUCAUUGCGGUCUUUAGCAGCCUUUACUCCAUCGUGUUAACCAAGCGCGUGAUUAAAUCACAGGGCUACUGGAAUGAGGGCAUUCAAGGUCGAGUAGCCAAGAUGAGCGCUAUUCUUCAACAGAUCAAGGGCAUUAAAAUGAUUGGACUUGAGCGCACAAUUGGCGAAUACAUGCAAAUGACUCGAGAGCAGGAGACUACGCGAUCUCUCAAGUGGCGCUGGAAUAAGCUCUACAGUUUCAUCAACUAUUCCAUUGGUCACAUUUGGACCAGAGCUGUUGGUAUCAUUGGUGGCGUAUUCUGGACUGUUUGGAAGGAUGGCCUCGAUCCUACUGAAGUCUACACCUAUCUAUCGCUGUCGAUGCUCAUUCUUGACCCCAUUCUCGUCAUCACUGUCAAGAUGCCCGCUCUUGGUGGUGCGCUCGCCAACUUUGAUCGUAUCCAGACAUAUCUUCUUGAGGAUGAACGCCAGGAUCCCCGAUAUCUCUGCGAUAGCAUCGACGCGCGGUAUGAAAAGGCUUCUCUUGCAAAGAACUCUGAGCUAGAGGAAAAAGCAGCAGCUGAAACGACGCAGAUAUCGGUGGAAGAUGUCUCGAUUGCCGCCCUCAAUAAGGAAGAGGGCGAGUACUUGCUUCAGCCCAUGAACCUUAGCAUUGAUGCCGGGUCGCUGAACAUGAUUAUUGGGCCUGUGGGCUGCGGGAAAUCUGUAUUGCUGCGGGCACUACUCGGCGAGAUUACCUUGGCUGGGGGCUGUAUCCGAAUUACGACAGACAACAUGGCCUAUUGCCACCAGAAUGCCUGGAUCCCAAGCUGCACUAUUCGCCAAGCCGUACUGGGCGAGAAUGAGUUUGAGUCGGCAUGGUAUCAAGAUGUCCUUAAGGCAUGUGCCCUUGACUAUGAUGUCAGUAAGAUCACUGACCAGGCCCGAACUGGCAAUGAUAACGGCGGGCUGCUCAGUGGUGGACAGAAACAGCGUGUAGCUCUUGCUCGUGCCGUGUACUCACGUGCACCAAUUCUGAUUCUGGAUGAUAUUCUUAGCGCCCUUGACCGGCGCACUGCUCGCCUGGUGUUUACACGACUUCUUGGUGCUGAUGGUCUUUUGAGACAGCAGAAGAGAACCGUGGUGAUUGCCACACACUCUGUCGAGUGGCUACAAGAGGCCAAUCAAGUCCUAUCGAUUGACACAGCUGGCAAUGUAGUAUCGUACCGCUCCCAAGAAGACAUUGCAGCGGUCAAGGCAGUGGCCAUUGCAUCGCAGGGCAAGCACGCCGACGAAGACUUUGAGGAAGAAGAGGUAGUUCUUAAAGUGGAAGAGGAGACUGAGAUUGAUGAAAUAGAUAUCGACACCAAUCUUGCCAGCGACAAAACUCUUUACAAGCUAUUGCUGCAGGGUACGUCGUGGCUCUUGCGCAUCCUGGUAGGUAUUGGCCUCGUUGGUUUUGCAGUCUUCCAAACAAGUAACGAGCUGUGGAUACGCAUUUGGCUGGCUAUAGACCCCAAGUCCAAAGUCUUGGUGGCCGGGCUGGUUGCCAUGAUUGUUGCCGACACCCUCAACAUGGCAUACGUUUCCUACUUUUGGCACAUUGUGGCCAUUCCCAAGAUGGCCAACAACCUGCACCGGCUCUUCCUCAACGGCGUCAUGUCUGCUACUUUACCGUUUCUUACUACAGCACAGAGCGGUUCGCUUCUGAACCGAUUUAGCCAAGACAUGACCCUCUUUUCGUACAAGAUGCCAAACAGCAUGUACUUGGCGUGGGGUAGUCUCUUGUUUGCCCUCAUGAUGUUUGCCUAUGUGUGCGCGGGAGCAUCCUACUCGGCUUGCGCGCUUCCCUUUGUAUUUGGGUUGCUGUGGGUUCUGCAAAACUUUUAUCUGCGAACGUCGAAGCAAAUGCGAAUUCUCGAUCUUGAGGCCAAGACGCCACUUUUUGCCAAGAUUAGCGAAACCGCGACUGGUGUUGAACACUUGCGCGCCUAUGGCUGGCAGAGACCGGCGAUUGCGAGCAUUUAUGCCGCUCUGGAUCGCUCGCAAAAGUCCUUUUACUACAUGUAUUCUAUCCAAAGAUGGCUGGGAUUUGCACUCAACAUGAUAUCCGCGGGCAUGGUUGCCGUGUUGCUGAGCGUGGCGCUCCUGACGACAACAGGCUCCUCGCAGGCCAGCUUGGGAUUGGGCAUGUUUGCUCUCAUGAGUCUACAACAAGAGCUAAACGUUUUCAUCACCUUUUGGACACUCUUGGAGACUUCGCUCGGAGCCGUUGCACGUCUCAAGGUCUUUCUUGAGAACACUCCCCUUGAAGAGGACGGGGAGGGUGUAGUUGACCAGCCUUCGUCGUGGCCGAGCCGGGGUGAAGUCGAGUUCAGUAAUGUUUCUGCGUCGUAUAGCGCAGAGCCCGAUGCCAAAUUGGCCAUUGAGAACUUGUCGCUCAAGGUUCCCGCUGGCGAGUCGCUGGCCAUUGUUGGGCGAACCGGCAGCGGCAAGAGCUCCAUUGUGCUGACGCUUCUGCAUUUCCUGCACCACACUGGCGGCGUGACCAUUGACGGUGUAGAUAUCCGAAACGUCCCCCGCCAGCAGCUGCGCCAGGUGAUUACGACGAUGCCGCAGGACCACGUCGACAUUCCCGGCACUGUCCGCAACAAUGUGGUGCCGCUAGAGAUUAUGAGCACGGCCACCCCAUCAGCAGAAGAAGACAAGGAGCUUAUUGAGGUGUUGACCAAGGUCGGGCUGUGGGACCACAUCUCGAGCCAAGGCGGACUGGACGAGUCUAUUACCAAGAUGGCACUCUCGGCCGGCCAGCGCCAGUUGAUGAGUCUUGCACGCGCCAUGGUGCAUCACCAGCGCUCGGGCAGCAAGAUUAUUGUCAUGGACGAGGCGACGAGCAACAUGGACUACCAGACGGACACAACGAUGCACGAGGUCAUGGAGACUGCGUUUGCCGACUGCACGCGCAUUGUGGUGACGCACCGCAACACGGUAUUGAGCCGCUGCCAUCUUUUGGCGAGAAUGGAGGAUGGAAGAUUGACGUCUCUGGAGAAGCAGAGCCGCGGAGGAAGCAAGAAUGUCAGCGUCGAGGCGUCCAGCGAAAUGGGCGAGUAGGAGUACAUACCAUCGUCGAUUGUUAGACAUAGCAUAUAAACCGUAAAGCCAGCAUUUUGUUUCUUUUUCUACGAUUGUUCCUGGCUGCCCACGUGAUGCUGUGAAUGCAUUCGUCCAUCUUUAUUAGCAUUAUUAUUACUACCUAUUGCAAUUUCGUGCAUGUCGGGUCUG